UCUCCAGUGCCUAAUGUGAUCCUGUCGUGGAGAUGUUUGCUUGGGAUGAGAGGCUUGUGUUCUCCACGAGAGGCAGGGAGAUCAGAAAGAAGAUGCCCAGAAUAUGGACAUGCCAUGUCAUCAGGCUGAGAUGGGCACACACAGCCAGGGAGCACACAGAGCCAUAGGUCUAACAGGCAGCAACCCCGGAGCAGCUGCCUCGGCAGAGUCCCUGCUUGUGCCGAUCACACAGUAGGAGAGAGAGGAGUCACCAUGGGUUACAAUGGAACCUGGAUUUUCAGGAACAGAAGCGACACAGGAUUCUAUCAGUCAGCAUCUAGAACCCUGGAAAUCAGGAACCUAUCACACUCUCAGGUGUUCUGGAGCAACCGGAGUGCUAGUGAUGGCCAGAGCUACAGACAUUUUACCACCAGCGUCCAGGUUGUCAUUUUUAUCGGCUCUUUGCUGGGAAAUGUCAUUGUCCUUUGGUCAACCUGCAGAACAUCUGUCCUGAAAUCAGUAACUAACAGUUUCAUGAAGAACCUGGCCUGUUCUGGAAUCUGUGCCAGCUUGGUGUGCGUGCCUUUUGACAUUGUGCUAAGUGCCAGCCCGAGCUGCUGUUGGUGGAUUCACACCCAGCCCUUCUGUAAGACCAUCAAAUUUUUGCACAAAGUCUUCUGCUCUGUGACCAUCCUCAGCUUUGCUGCCAUUGCUUUGGAUAGGUAUUACUCAGUGCUGUACCCAUUAGAGAGGAAGAUCUCAGAUUCCAAAGCCAGAGACCUGCUCAUCUACAUCUGGGCUCACGCUGUUGUUGCCAGUAUUCCUGUGUUCGCUGUGACAAAUGUGACUGACAUUUAUGCCAUGUCCACUUGUUCUCCUCCCGGGGACUACUCCUUAGGCCACCUGGUUUAUGUCCUCGUGUAUAAUAUCACCACCGUUCUAUUUCCCGUGGCUGUUGUUUUUCUCUUCAUGCUCCUCAUCCGAAGAGCUUUGAGUGCCAGUCAGAAAAAGAAAGUGAUCAUUGCGGCUCUGAGGACGCCGCAGAACACCAUAUCCAUUCCGUAUGUGUCCCAGAAGGAAGCCGAGCUUCACGCCAUGCUGCUGUCCAUGGUCCUGAUAUUUAUUCUCUGCAGUGUCCCAUACGUAACUUUAGUGAUCUACCGCACCAUACUCAAUGUGCCCCACAUUUCAGACUUUCUGAUACUGACUGCUAUCUGGCUGCCUAAAGUUUCCUUGGUAGCAAACCCUCUACUUUUCUUGACUGUGAACAAGUCUGUACGCAAGUGUGUGGUGGGCACCGUUGUUCAAUUACACCGCAGGUAUAGCAGGAGGAACGUGGUCAACCUUGGAUCCAUAGCAGAGGUGAACUUAGAACCCAGCGUGCGCUCAGGCAGCCAACUUCUCGAAAUGUUCCACAUUGGACAACAGCAGAUCUUCAAGUCUGUGGACGAUGAUGAUGACAAUGAUGUCAAGUCAGAUGGCGCCAGGAACAUAAAACUGAAACAUGCGGUGCCCGGUACCAGCCUUGAUGUAGAACAUACUUUGGUACAGCGGUUCAUCCCACAGAGUGCAGAAUCUUCAGCGCAAGUGGCCCCCGUGAUGCCAGGCGAGGCCGAAGUGCUCAGUGACAAGUAUUCAAUGCAGUGUGGGUUUGGUCCUUUUGAGUUACCACCGCAAUGGCUUUCUGAUAAGCGAAACAGCAAGAAGCGCCUUUUGCCCCCCUUGGGAAAUACCCCAGAGGAGCUAAUCCAGACUAAACAACCUAAGUGCAGGACUGAGCGUAAAAUCAGCAGGAACAAUAAAGUAUGCAUCUUUCCAAAAGUAGAUUCCUAGCGCAGCUUAACCCCUCAGACUCCGUGAUCCUAUGGAUCGAAACUCCAGGCUUGUUAAAUGUGCCAAAUAGCGUACUGAACAUAAUGGAGACGCACAAUUAAAGUGUUCCUUAAUAACCUGGACCGAUCGUACAAAACUGUGACAAUGAGAUAUAAACAAACACUUCAUAUUUUUUUAAUUAUGCUUGCAAAAGUGACAAUUUCUAAAUAAUAGCUUAAUCUGAAUCACUUUUGCGCGGUUCUUACAUUCG